UUAAACAAUGUAACCUUAUAUAUGAUAUAUUUCUAGAGAGGAGUUCUCUAACUUAUAUUAAUUAUGUUUUAGCAUACGCAUCGCGUAAGCGUCACCACUUCCUCGAGUGUCGUGAUUGGUCCUCGCAGUAGUCGCAUGUUAAUGACGACAUCGUAGGCUUAGAGUUGGUGUGGCUGCAAAGUUCAAUGUCACAGAGUUGUUCUAGCGACCAGAUAAUGACAAGAGCUACUCUGUCCUCAGGUCUGGAUACAUAGGACAUUCUGCACUAUGGUAUGCAGUGACCUCUUGAAGAGGUCCCCCAUUCUCCUUCCUCCUUCUUCAGCUGUAGUUACAGGUCCAUUCGUCCACCAUGUCCACCCAGAUCUUGAGAGUGGUGGAGCUGAUUAUGCGCUCUGCUUGCUGCCAGACCAUCAGAAGUAGAACCUGUGUGCGCAAGGCAGUGUUGGCCCCCGUGGCUUCCUCUGGCCUCUGUGUUCCUGGGGCUCCUGUGCUUCAUCGAAGGGCCUACAGCUUAGACUCUCUGUCUUCGGGUCCUGGUCGGCCCACACAUGGUCCAAGCUCCCAGCAGCCUUGUGGAGAGAGGUCACCCCCCCGGCCUUCAGCACUAACACACAGGAACUUGUCUAAUGUGGCUAUACAGUGCAAUCCUCCAUCCUGGAAUGACAUCUCGGACCCCACCCCACAGUUUCAGGAUGAUGUUAGCUUGCCUCACUGGGAAAAAAAAAGGCUCUCCGUAGUGAGCCAACACCUGGCUGAUGUGAUAACACAACAUCUUCAACCUGAGGAUUCCAAAAGUGUUAUCUUCGAAUGUAACCCAGGUCUUGGGGUGUUGACUAAGACACUGCUCAAAGCUGGAGCUAAGAGAGUUGUGGCUCUUGAAAGGCAUAAGGGCUACUUACACAAUUUAGAGGAACUGGAACGUUGUAGUAAUGGUCGACUGGAAGUGCUUCACUGUGAAUACUUUAAAUUAGACCCCAUUGGCGAUGGAAUAGUGAAGCGCCCAGUCAUGUACUCUGAAGAACUUUUCACUGACCUGGGAAUACCAGAAACUAGGUGGACUGACGACAUCCCAGUGAAGGUGGUGGGUAUCCUGCCCCCAUAUAAAGAACGUAGCAUGCUGCUGAAGAUGGUUUACGCUUUGUUUCAGCAGCUGUCUGUCUACAGAUAUGGCAGAAUAGAGCUCAACUUCUUCUUAAGAGAGAAGGAAUACCAGAGACUGACGUGUCGUCCAGGUGACAUGAUUAACUACAGACCCUUCUGUGUCUUAUGGCAGAUUGCUUGCGAUAUCGAACUACUGCACAAGGAGCCCAUUGAGUCAUUUCUGACUGGUCAGCAUACGCCUAAACAUAGGAGCAAGUCUGCCAGCAACCACAUGUGCCUGGUGCGCCUGCGUCCACGGGCUGAUCUGUUCUCUGCAGGUCUCUCUCCUUUUAAUGCUUUAACUCUGAUAAUGAUGGUCAAACAGUGUCUGGCAAAGAGGAAGUCCAAGCUCAUUGACAUGCUCAAUGUCUGGUCUCCAGAAAGUGGAAGUCUGCUCUUAUCGGAGUUGGGCUUGCAGGAAGACAUAUGGACAGGCUCUGUGUAUCCAGAGCAGUAUCGUGACCUGUUCAAGCUGAUUGACAGUAGUUCGGAGUUCUUGCACAGCUGGCUUUAUGAGGAGAUUCUGGAGAACACAGAAAGGGGGGGUUGGGCCUAAGUUAUAGACAUACAAGUCAUGUGUAUAGUUUUUUAGAAAUGAAAAAAUAAUAUAAUGCGUGAUGUAAUAAAAUUAUACAUACAUCCAUACACACAUAUGGAAUCAUACAAAAUGGUAAUAAAUAAAACAUUUGUGCAGAAUAAAUUGACAUAAUACACUUAUAUAGAGAGUCACUGAAAUGGUCGGACAUGUUUGUGACUGUACUGUAGGACAAUAGAGGAAUAACAUUAAAUGAACCUCUGUGUUGUCCUGAACUGGGAUUCCCAUGAGGUAAAUUUGAGACAAACCUCUGUAGCAGAAAUGGUUCUCUUUGGGCUCUUGGGGUUUACUACUUGUACAGAGAAAUAAAUGAGUCAGCAAUGACAAUAAUUAAAAAUUGUUGCAGAAUAAAGGUCUUAGUAGUGAAAUUAUUUGUUAAAUCAUUAAAAGUCCUGGUAGGCUUUAAAAAGUAAUGAAAAGGAUAUCAGUAUAAUUAAAAAAUGUGCAUGUACUCUACUUGAGUGGUUGAUACAACUGCAGUUUUGUUGAUCCAGUAUACUGUAACCGCAGUUUCACAGAAAACAACCCAGCAUGUAUCUUGUAUUGCAUAAUACACUGACAUCUUUACGGGAAGAACGGUAACAGGAAGGAAGGAAGGUUUUCACUGUAUAGUAAUGAUUUAUGUAUUUUUCUAUAUUCAUUGUAAGUGCAUAAGCUUUUCUAAAUGUCAUGUUUUGUGGAAUCCAGUUUUUUUUUUUAACAAAUGAUUAAAUCAGAAUUUUGAUAUGAAGUGUGGUGGACAAAUAGAUUUGAGCUCUGUUUCAGUGUUAAGUGCGCUUAUUUGAUGAGAAUGGAUCUUUUGGCCAGAAUAAAAUCUAUUACUUUUAUUUCCUGUAUACAUACAGUGAAUAAAAUGAUGAUUAUUAGGUUGGUCAUAUGCUUUAAAAAUGUUUCUGCUUUUGGAAGCUUGGGUUAUCUGUUGUAAUGUCAUACAUGCAAAGCAACAAUAAUACAGCUGCACAGCCAUAUAACUCUAAAAUAAAUAAUUUCACUGUAAAGAC